CAUUCGAAGUCCAACAAUUCUUUAGCUAUUCUCAUCCAUCUAUAGACAACAAUGAGCUCAGGUGACAAUGCAAAUGGUUGGUCAACCGUCCCACUAAUCAUCAAUGGGAAACAUGUCAUUUCAGAAACAUCGUUUCCUGUAAAUAGCCCUUCCAACUCUGAAAAGCUCUGGAGUGGUUCAUCUGCUUCAAUCAAUGAUGCAACCGGGGCUGUAGAGGCCGCCCAAGCGGCUUUCACGUCGUGGUCUCAGACCAAGCCCAGUUUUAGACGGGAUAUCAUGUUCCGGGCCGCAGAUCUCUUUAUCAGCAGAAAAGAGGAAUUGUUCGCCUACCAAGCCCAGGAGACGGGUGCGGGGCGGCAAUUUAUGGAGAUCAACAUCAACGCUACGGCGCAGAUCCUGAGAGAUAUCGGAGGAAGAAUCGAGGCGGCAGUUGAAGGUUCGGUUCCUGCGACGGCCGAGCAGGGGUCCCAUGCCAUUGUAGUCAAGGAACCGUACGGCGUUGUUCUCGCAAUUGCCCCGUGGAAUGCCCCAUACGUGCUCGGCGCACGAUCAAUUGCGUUUGCCCUCGCAACGGGCAACACAACAGUUCUCAAGGGUUCCGAGCUGAGCCCGCGCGUUUUCUGGGCAAUCGGCGACAUCUUUCGACAGGCUGGCUUACCGGACGGUUGCCUUAACGUCAUUUAUCACCGAACGGCAGAUGCCGCUGAAGUGACAGAAGCCUUGAUUGCGCAUCCCGCGAUUAAGAAGAUCAAUUUCACUGGCAGCACUCUCGUCGGAAGCAUCAUCGCCAGUUUGGCGGGGAAGCACGUCAAACCGCUUUUGCUUGAGCUGGGCGGGAAAGCGAGCGCCAUCGUCCUCAAGGACGCCGACGUGAAGAAGGCCGCGACAAGUUGCGCUGUCGGCGCGUUUAUCCACGGCGGUCAGGUGUGCAUGUCGACAGAACGCAUUCUCGUGCACAGAUCGAUUAGUGACGAGUUCAGCGCUGCACUCAAAGAGGCCACGCAGGGGCUCUUCGGGUCCGAGAAGCCGCCGUUCGUGCUAGGUCUCGUCGCCGACGCGGUCUCCAAGGGCGCGACGACCCUCCUGGGCGACGCCGAGGCUGUGGAGGACCAGCCCACCAAGAUGAGACCCGUCAUCGUCUCCAACGUGUCUACAGAAAUGAACAUCUACCACACCGAGUCCUUCGGGCCUACCGUGUCCCUCCUGACCUUUGACACGGAGGACGAGGCUCUCGCGAUCGCCAAUGACACCGACUACGGGCUCUCGGGGGCUGUAUUCUCCGAGGACUUAAAGGCCGCUAUGAGGGUCGCUAGGAAGUAUGAAUCUGGGGCGGUCCACAUCAACUCCAUGACCGUGCACGACGAGGCGUCGCUGGUGCACGGUGGGGCUAAGAAGAGUGGCUACGGUAGGUUCAAUGCCGCGCAAGGACUGGCUGAGUUUCUGAGGGUAUGUAGACACCGAGUAAAGCCCGAAACCCAUUGUCAAUGCUGGCAGCAUCUCAUCUUAAAAGAUGUCAUCGUCCGGCAUACUAGAAAUUUCCAUCACGGCCUUGGCAACAGAAAGUCCUCUGGCUUUCGAGGCAGGCGUCGCAACAAUUCCCACCCUGGAUCUUCUCGUCCGAAAGGAUCAAAGAACGGCUCUGCGCGAGCAUCACCUACCACGACGACGGCCAGAGGACAGCAAGAUCGUCAUUCAGAAGGAGUCAACGACGCAAUCGAGGAGCGCGAUGAGUCUCCAACAAACAAUGAGGUAGAUGGAUCUCAGAGCAGCCAGGCUAAUUCGCUGGACAUCGCCAUGCCCUCGCAGCCCGACAUGUUCCCUGCCUUUCUUUCAGGGAGUCCCCUAGAAUUCAACGCUUCAUUCAUGGACCCCGACCUCAUCAACCCUAAUCUUUCCGCUAUGUUCGAUCUCGACGCGCUUCUGGCGGAUGCCCAAGGACUUUUUGGCGAAGUACCAAGCUGCAAUCCCCCGGAACUACCGAUACUAGCCCUGGAGCCACUGAUAUCCAACAGGCCAACUACUCUCGGUCAGACAGACAAAUCUUCUACCCCGCACAACCUCGUCCCCAACGACAAUAAAUGUGAGAAUGCUUGGGCCAACCUCACAAAAUAUCCGGUCCACAUACUCGCUUCGCUUCGCUUUCCUUCCAAAUACGCCGUGAGGCGGUUUGUCAAGGCCUUUUUUAAGCAUAUUGCUCCUCAUAUACCCAUCAUACAUGAGCCGACGUUUGACAUCGCCACAACGCCAUCUCCCCUCCUGCUUGCUGUAAUGGCCUGCAGCGCCGUAUAUCUCGGUGAACACUCCAGGGCUACAUCGAUGCAUACCAUCUCCGUGCAACUUGUUUUCGAGCAUGAACGGAUGAUCGCAUUCAGCAAGGCCGACCCCGAGACUCUAACGUGGAUGCUGCAGACAUAUUUGCUCCUCGCCUAUUUUGAGAUUCACUGCGGUUUGGAAGGCAAGAGAGCACACGCGUUUCCUCACUGCGUCAAGCUUAUACGAGAAGCACUCAGCGAGCUACAGACGUGUCCGCCCACCACGUAUAAGGAUUGGGUGCGCUGGGAGAGUCUAAAUAGGUGCAUCUCAUCUACGAUACUCAUAGGUGGCACCGUAUGCUCAAAGGAACAGGAAGCAUGGAUUCCAACACCUAUGGUCGAAGCCAGAUUCGCCCUCCCGUCAGGCAGCGCAGAGUGGCUAAAAGAAGAGUCCAGCUGGGGCAUCCCAACCGAAGUAUUAUACAGUAACGAUGCACUAGACAGUAUCAUCGCCGGCGAACCACCGUCCAUGCCAGUCAGCGAAUUCGGUCUCGUAACCAUCGUGUCUGCCCUUCUCUACAGGAUAUGCUCAUUUGAGCUACUAACAGGCUCGCGCGACGGGGAGCUCUACGCUAAAUUCGGCCAAAAAAUGGAACAGUCAUUGCAGGUGCUAGAUGCAAUUGUCAAAGCUCGUACGAUCCAGUAUGAUGGCGGACUGGCCCCGAAUCCCACCGUUCACUGCGCCAGAUCAUUACUGAACUCAGCUUUCUACCAUCUUUACGCUAGCGUUCCGCUGUCUGUCAUGAAGAAGAUACUCUGGUCGCCUGCGAGUCUCGAUGAUCCUGGGAUCAUGCAUCUUUUAAACGAGGCAAUCUCACCUGAACUCUACCAGGCACUCUUCAAUGCAGCAGACCAGCUAAGAUCCGACUGUCGCGUGGGUCUAUCUUACAUUAAAAAAAUAGCGCCCAUAAUAUUCGGGCCCGAAAGCGCGGUCGGCGCUUUAGAGGGCUGUCUGCUUCUUUGCUGGUACCUUCAAUUCGCGCAAUCUCGUGUUUCACAGGUAGAAUCACGCGAUACUCUCAACGCAUUGAUAAAUGAGAGUUUUGCAGAAGUUACGGACCUGCAUUUGGGGGAUCAUGGCCUACAAUCAGUCGUACCGCUUGCCGUAUCAGCAGAGCUUCUCUCGGAUGGCUCAAUGUGGAAGUGGCCUUCUUCUGUGUCGCAAAAGCUGAAAUCGUUAAUUAAGAAAUUGGAGGAUUCGGACCCUACCAUACACGUUGCAACAGCCUACCCACCAUAGCGACAAACAUUGCUACAGUACUCCGUACAUCUAGUGUCAAUGUAACAUAAAUAUCCUCAAUUAGUUGGCCGUCUUAGUUUAUUCGGACUCAUUCCGUAUUCGCGGGAGCAGUGGUGGUCAACGUAGCAUGGAAUCUUGGGUCCAAAGUCGAGGAAGUAUUUUUUGAGAUAUUGACAGCAAGCACUUGAUAUGUUAUAUAUAUCAUCAUAUAUUUUCUCUCUCA